AUAAGAAGCGAACGCGUUGGGAAUUGCACAUUCGUACGGCGAGCACGAAUUAGUGAUAUACUUGUAAAUUAGUACCUGCUUUAUCGACCAUGGGGUGAUUAAGGGCCGAGUGGAUGUCACGCCCGGAUUUGAACUUGAAUCCCUGGGAGCAGAGGACUUGAGGCCCCAGUGCCAAAUGGAUGCCGCGCAAGUGAACGGAGUGCGGAGGAGAUUGCCGCCAUCGGCUGGGACCGAUGGCCUGCAGGGAGACGCGUCGACCCAGGUGUCGGAGAGGAGGAGGUUGGAACAUGACUUGCCAACUUCAUCGUCCGCAGCCUCUCCAGACCCUGCCGCCACCAUCUCCUCGAAAGAGAGCGAGGAGGAGGAAGAGGUGGUGGAGGAGGUGGAGGACAAACGAGACAACAUCCUUCGUCUGAUCCACAUCCCUCAGCAGGCGCACCAGGCGAUGGAGAGGGUGGAGGAGUUUGUGUGCAAGGUGUGGGAGGGGAGGUGGCCCGUCCUUUCGCACGACCUUCUCCCCGAUUGGCUCAAGGACAACGACUACUUGCUGCACGGCCACCGCCCGCCGAUGCCGUCGUUCCGCGCGUGCUUCAGGAGCAUCUUCCGCAUCCACACGGAGACCGGCAACAUCUGGACGCACCUCAUCGGCUUCCUGCUGUUCCUCAUCCUGGGCACCAUCUACCUGCUGAGGCCCAACAUCGCGUUCAUCGCACCGCUCCAGGAGAAGGUGGUCUUUGGCACGUUCUUCCUGGGCGCCAUCCUGUGCCUCUGCUUCUCCUGGCUCUUCCACACGGUCUACUGCCACUCGGAAAGCGUCUCCAAGAUCUUCUCCAAGCUCGACUACUCGGGCAUCGCGCUGCUCAUCAUGGGCAGCUUCGUGCCGUGGCUCUACUACUCGUUCUACUGCUCGCCCCAGCCGCGCAUCAUCUACAUGGUGACGACGAGCGUGCUGGGUGUCGCGGCCAUCGUCGUGUCGCAGUGGGAUCGCUUCGCCACGCCCGAGUACCGGGCCGUGCGUGCCGGUGUGUUCCUGGGCCUCGGCUUGAGCGGCAUCGUGCCGACGAUACACUUUAUGAUCGCCGAGGGCUUCAUCAAGGCGGCCACGGUGGGCCAGAUCGGCUGGCUCUUCCUCAUGGCGGUGCUGUACAUCACGGGCGCGGCACUCUACGCCGCGCGCAUACCCGAGCGGUUCUUCCCGGGAAAGUGUGACAUAUGGCUCUCGCUGAACAGCGUGGCGAAGUAUGGUGAACUAAGCCCCAAGAUUGACACGGUGGUGGGGAGGCAGUGUUCCAGUAGCGGAUUGACAAAGGGCUUUUCACUCGCACCAAAUAUUCCACGUCCUGGUGGUGGCGGCGGCCUUCGUGCACUUCCACGGCGUGUCCAACCUGCAGGAGUUCCGCUACACACUGGGCGGGGGCUGUUCUGAUGACUCGCUGCUGUAACGCCGUGGGGACACCCCGCGGAGAAACCCCCCGCGGAAAAAUCCCGUGGAGAAACUCCACAGAGAAUCCCGGCGGAGAAAUUCUGGCGGAGAAACUUCCGCGGAGAAACUUCCGCGGAGAAACUUCCGCGGAGAAACUUCCGCGGAGAAACUUCCGCGGAGAAUCCCCUCGCGGAGAGACCCCUGCAGACGCGAUCGCUGCUUGGACGAGCGUGGAGAACAACGCUCUCUAAUUAAUUUUUGUUGACGAACUGUGUAGGCGUCGUAGAAUCACAUUGGGCACCGCUGGUGUAAAAUUAAUGCUGCUCUGUGUGCGUGUGUGUGUGAGUGCUUGUGAGCGUGUGUGCGUGUGUGUGCGCGAGUGUGUGUGCGCGUGUACCCUUGCAUUUACAAUCGGAGGAAGCACUUUUUGUUUUUGGAGGUAAUUCACGUUGCUUGACGAGGAUGAGAAUUGUAGGCGCCGGUCUGGCCCCGUGUGCUGGGGUUCUGUCUGCUGGAGAAACCUUUGAAAAUGAGCGGCGCGCAUUGGAAUAUUUCGCCCAAAGUGAACGUAGGUUUAACACUCUUUAGCUGCGCGUGGGUUCGGCAUUCUUAAGGCCGUUGUUUAAGAAGAAGAAAUAAGAGAAUAUAUUUGUAUCUAUGGCUGUCGAUCGACGUCUUUUUUUAAACGAUAGAAAUUCUAUUUUUUUGUUUAACCGGAGACGUUACUGAAGUUUGGACUUGAAAUGGGGGCAGCGGGUAGGGGCGGGCCUGGGUGGUGGUGGAGGGGGGGGGGUGUUUUUGGAUAUCUGCUCAAGGUGCAUUUACAGCUGCCGCAGGGCUCCGUCACCAGCCACCGAAGGUGUUCUGGAGGCAUUUUUAGCUCUUUUGUUUUUGUCUUGAAGCCGCGGCACACUUGGCCAGUAAUUUAACAAAUAUAAAUGUUUGGCGUAAAUUUUUAGAUGCUUUUAAGGGAUUGGUGUUUUUCUUUUUUUAUUCUCGUCACAGCCAUGAGCCACAGUUUGACGACCUACCUAAAAAAAAGCCACCAGUCGUUUCUACAAACAGCGUAAUUUGUGAACGUCUUACAAUUUAUACUCUCAUAUCUUUGAAUGACUACAUUAAAGAGCUUUUCUGUAUUAUACCUACAAUUAAAUAGUAAUUAUACUAAUAAAACAAAUAUAUACACGCGCCAACAAAAUGAACUCGGCGGAAGUCUGACCGUUGCCGUUGACUGAAACCGUGUUUGUGAGACCAUUGUUCACCCCCCCCCCCUCCUGUUGUACUGUGAGCGCGUCACCAUUCUGACUCCAGAGCAGCCGCGUUGACUGUCCAUACCGGUUCACGCCCGCCGCGGCAAAUUUUCCUCGCCGUCAAGUCAUGCCGAGGACAACGGCCAGUUUUAUCACGGCAGAGAAAACCCGCGUCAUCCCACUCUCAAUUUUCCGCCGCCCCGUGGCGGGUGCGAAGACGAUGUCGCUUCGUCGAGCAAUUUUUCACAACUGACUCUUUUUUUUUUUAUUGCCUUUUUACGUUCAUAAUAAUUGCGGUUUGCCUUUUUGUGGCACCGCGUGGUCGGUCAUCUCGGGGCGCCGGUGCAAUCGGGUGAUGUGAUUUGUUGGCUGUUGGUGUGCCGUCUGUUAGGUACACGGGGUGAAAGCUCAAUAAAGCUCAACUACUACAAUGUUUUAACAGCCUGGCAUGCGCGAGCCACGGCUCUCAAAAUGGCACGUGUUUAUCUUUGAACGUUGUCUGCCCAAUUCCUUUGUUUUUUGGACCAUUAACUAUCAUGAAAAGUACCUACUUGCAGACCCAAUGUGUCUCUACCAAUGCAGGCAUCAGUACCCCUACCUUACCUGCUGUAGUGGCGGUGCAAGGCUCCAGUUUAUAAAGGUCCUUGGUUUUUUCAAAUAUACAAGACGUACAAAUAUGGUGCUCGGUUUCAGGCAUAUCGUUUGCCUUUUUUCUUCACUUUACACUUUGGCCUUUGGGUGCUGUGUCUGUCGUCGGCGUGCAUGUCAUCACAUCCACUGCGAGAUUCGAGCCGUUGGUGACGUAGCCUUAUCGUAAAAGAGUAGCGUAAGAUUAAAGUACUUUUGAAACAAACACUUCUUAUGCAUUGGCUAACAGAUUAUUAUAUACCAAUAUGGGAGAAAUACCGGAGAGGUUUUUAAUGUUUCGAUACAUCUGCAAUUGACGGGACUGCUGCAAAUUUUUCUCCCAAUUAGCACGGUUGGCUAUGUACGGUGUGAAAGAAGUUCAACGUGCAUACAUGUUGCAGCGAAACGUCUGUGAUAUUGCUGUGUUUACCAGUCGAAUUUUAACACGGCUGUUGCCAAGAGGGGUGGGGGAGUAAGAGCCACACUCUUCACCCGAGUCAGGGUGUUGCUAUUCCCAGAUGCCCCUCGCCCCUUAAAAGGGACAGCAAAAGAGUCUGUGACGAUGUCACUCACAAGAGCAAACCGUUGUGCCAUUUUUUUUUCACGGUCCAAAAUUAAUGUUAUACAAUAUGCCCGCGGUACCUAUGGAUACUGAGGUUUUCCUUGCAAAAAGUGACGGUGAAUCUUCUCGAAAUAAAGACUUUUUAAGUUGGAAAAAAAACUCAGCUCUGGCUGUGA